UAGUCCAUGCGUAGCGUUGCGUCAUUGACUGAGAGAAUGAAAACCUAGUCAUAACGUUGGUGAUUCCCCUAAAGUGAUACGAUGGUUUCACGUUCUGGUGGCCUGAGCUUAUAAUAUGAGUCUGCUUUCAGGUUUGAUCAUUCUGGUAUUUUGUAAAAGCGCUUCUCGUGUCGUCGCUUGCGAAUUCGUAUCUUAUCGUAUAUUUUGAACAAAAUGGCGUUUUUAGAAGAAGCAGAUGAAGAUUUUAAACUGCCACUUCGACCAUGGCUCGAAAAGCAGAUAAAUAGCGGGAAAUACCUGGGUUUAGAAUGGGAGCCAUGCAGCGACGAUUCGAAGCAAUUUCGUCUUCCGUGGGUUAAAAAAAACUUGCCAAAUUGGCAAGAUUAUUACAGAAUAUUCAGGGCAUGGGCAGAACAUCGGGGACGCGGUGAGGUCGAAAAGCUGGACGAUUCAAAAUUGAAAUCAAACUUCCGUUGCGCUCUAAACAAAUCUGUAGAUUUUGAGGAAAUUAGCAGUAAAUCACAAUUGCAAAAGCAGACCGGCAACUACAAGGUUUAUCGGAUCUUGUCUCCCAGAGAGGUUCGCGAGAAAAAGAAGAAGAGAAGCAGAAUUCAGACAAAGCAAGAACCUUUAUUCGAUCAUAAUUUUGAUUCGGAUGACUUUAAAACGCUCGACACCAAAGACUUGGAUUUCGCGGGAAGCAUCGAUGGGCAUUCAUCAAAAAGUGGUUCUUUGGGAAGUCCUGAUAUUUCAAUGAGUAUGCCGAAUGGCUUGUAUACUGGUGAUAUGAUGAUUGACCAUAUGUUGCCAAACGGGGACAUGUCCUACACACAGUUGGCAGUGCAGCCUCCCGUCGAAAUGGAAGAUCUUAAUUUGAUGCUCGCUAUUUCACCGGCAGAUCAUUCUGCGCAAACUCAACAUUGGACCAAUGAUGUUACGAUGGAAGAAACAGACCCAGCACCAUCAGUAAGCACCAAGGCUGAUCCGGCAGAUGCCGAAUCCGACUAUGCUUCCCAAGCAGCUUUGAUUUUGCAGCAAUAUGUCGAAUGCGGAAUAAGAUCAGACAAAAUAAAAGAAUGUCAGGUGAUUAUCUCUUACAAUGGCGUGAAGAUGUAUGACGAACAUUUAUCAAAUAUGGACAAAGGUUAUCGAAUUUUUUAUGGAAAUCAGAGCGAUCAAAUACGUCUCUUACAGAUCAGAAAUUGCACAGACGAAAAAAUGGCCGAUUUUAAACUGAGAGGAAUUAGCUUACCGCCGAUUAAACAACAAAGUCAUACGAUGUCCGCCAUUUUGGAUAAAACGGAGUUGGGCAUCGUCUUGAGAUACGAUCCUCAAAACCUCACUUUCACGGCUAAGCGACUAUGCCAAAGUCAAGUCUUUUGUAGUAAUCCGCACGAACACAAUCCUUUAGCUAUACCGAUGAAAAUGGAAAGAGAAGAUGUCGUCACGUUAUUUUCUCUUGAAAAAUAUUUUAUAGAUUUUCUUCACAGUGCUUUAAAUGAGAGUUUUUGCCCACAACCUGAAAUACUUUUAGCAGUGGGAAUCAAACCAAAAAACAAACAAGCAAUGCAUUCGAUGAAAGGAUUGAAAAUCGAACUAAUACCAUAUGCAUUGAAAUUCAUGCAAAAUACUAAUUCAACGAGCAGUUUGUCGCUGUGUUUCAGCAAUCCAACUUCAAUGGAAAAUCUUCUUCGUCAAAUUUCAACAACACAGGGUCAUCUUUCCUUCCAUCCAAACGCCAGAACUUGAAUAGCGAUUUGAAAAAUUAUGAUGAAAUAUUUUAAAUUUCAUUUUUGGUUAAGUUGUAGUGUUGAAAAUGUGAUGCAAUUCUAGUAUGAGUUCAAAAUUUUUUUUUUUUUUACAAUUUUCGACAAACUGAACGAAGUUCAAAUUAAAAAUCGUCGAUCUUGUGACCAAGUUAUUGUGUGUACAAUUUUUCAAUAUAAUGGAGCAUAUUUUACUUAAAUAUAAGCUUUUUACUCCUGAAUAGACCGAAAAAUAGAUUUUAUAGGGUUGAAACAAAUUACAAUUGCGAAUAUUGAAAUUUUGAUAAUUUUAUGGUAUAAAUCCUGAGCUACAAAUUUUAUUGUGUCUUAUUAUCCCCUUUUAUCCCAAUUUCGGGCUUGGCCCUCUGUUUUAUUAAUCUAUGAAAAAUAUAUCGAACUCGUGCGAACUGGCAUUGGUUGAAAACAAUGUUCCGCUGUAUAAUACAAUGCUAUUUCUGUAUUUUUUGUGAAAUGUAUUGCCUUAUGUGAUUUUACAUACAUACCAGUUUUUUUUUUAUUCUGUUAGUGGUGACUUAAACUUUUGUUUUAAUAUAAUGAGUUUGAAUCUUAUAAGUUCUGCUAUGUAUAUGAAAUAGAUAUAUAUUAAUCAGAUCGAACCGAGUGGAACAGAUCAAAAGUACAAAGAAAUGUGUUUUCUAAACUGUGUGGUACGAAUAUAAUGAAUUAGUAAAGAUAGGAUUUUCAGUAAUACACGCAAAAUUGCUAUUGUAAUCUAUAUGGAGCUUUAUCGAAAAAGAUAGAUUUCAUUUUGAUGUCUAAAAUUGCUUUCAAAAAUAGGAUAAAUUAGAAAUGCGGCUGAUUUCAAAUAUAUUUCAAGUAAAUUAUAUCGUUGAUUGCAAUUCUAACCUAUUCCUCAACACAGUAAUAAAAAUUUCUAUGUGUCUCGCUUGUAAGUAUUCUGGCAAUCCCACAUAUUGACUUUGCGAUUAAUACUUAUAUCUAUAUAUAAAUAUGAAGCCAUGGAACGGCCUGAGUGGGGUUCAAUUCAUUCAGAUCAUUUAUGUCCUAAUUUUGUAAUCUUGAAGUUCCUUGAGACAAAACUAAUAUUGAAUCGUAUUUAUCUUGUGUAUAUUUAUCUUAGUCACACUGUAAACGAAUAAAUAAAUUUUCUGAAAUAUUUAA